AAUUUGCGAAGGUUCUUUACAAAAGUGAAACCACUCUGUUUACAACUUGAUCCAAACACUUACAGUAACAGUACGAUUAUGGUACCCUCUCUUAGCAACUAUCAGAUUUUGUUGUUAACUUCAAGUAUGAUUGGCCCUGUAUUAUAUUUUUAUUUAAGAAUGCUUGACGACUUAUACCCGGUGGUCACUCCAAAGCAUGAACCAGGUGACGCAACUGCAUUUGCCAAUCAAGUACAGGCGGCCGCCGAGCAUUUAUUGGCCGUCGUUGAUGGUAAACAGAAGGAAGUGUUCGACGGAUCAUAUAGUCAAAUUAAGGAAGUGAUUGGAAAGAUUCACGAGAGUGGAUAUUUCGAUCAAGCUGUGGCCGCAGAUUACGAAACUACCGAGGUUAAUGAUGCCGAUCAGCAUUGCAACAUUGAGGUUCCCCAACAAAUUGAGCCUUUGGAAGAGGAGAUCCCUGCAGUAGACACCGUCACCAUAGAAACGAAUAGACCGGUUCCGUUACCUAUUGAACAUCCCUUGGAGCAAAUACAGCAAACUGACCAACAGAUUUAUUACCAGCCUCCACCAAGGCCUAUUAGUGAGGUGUUGGGCCCUGGUAGUUUUCACUUUCUUCAGGACUCCGAAUUGGACACUCCCGACACUUUACCCUCGCAAACGUUCACCAACACUAGCUACGUGCAAGCGCCGCCUCCUCCGAUUCCCCUUCCCCCAAAUUUCCAAACUUUCAAUAACAUCAACGUUCCUCCGCCUGGUAACGGUAUGAACGAAGAAAUAGCUCCCCCUUCGGUCGUAGCCCACCCACAACCGCAGCAAAUCGAAGAGUCCCAAAAAAUGCGCGGUCAGCCUCCGCGACCCCCCAAUCAGAUGUACUAUCAAAAUAAUCACUCAAACUCAAAUAACUACAACAAUAAUCGACCUCGUCAACCGAGAAGUGGGCCUAGGACCGCCAAUCGACAUCAAUAACGGUUGUACAUUGUCCAUUUUUCCAGACAAGACAAUGACACGAUUAAUUUUUAUUUUAAAACAAAAGUAUUGUCGAAGUAUAAUAAUUAGGCAUAAUUACAACAUCUCUAAAAAGUUUAUUUGACCUCUUAUAUUGUGACAACAAUAUUUUCGAUUUGUAAAUAACACAAUAUUGCAUUUCUAAACUAAAUAAGAUGCGUUUAUACUUAUUUCUACCCUUUCAGUAUCGCGCCGUAGUGGUAUAUUUUAUCUUAAUUAUUCGUUUAUUUUACAUCUCUCAAUUGUUUGAAGAAAUUACUAAGUAAAUUGCGGCAUUGUAGUUUUAAUAGUAGACGUAUGGGUUGUUUUUUUAUUAUCAAAAAUAUAGUGAAAUUACAGUGUCCAAGCAGCUAGUCUUCUUGUAGUUCAUUAUUAUGAGAAGUUUGUAAUCUUUUUCAUAUAAAAACAAAACAUUAAACAGCCCAUAAAUCCAAGAUUGCUUUUUUUAAAAAUUGUAACAUAUUUUGCCAGUUUAGUUUCUUACCAAGAAGUAUGUAUGAUAUUUGGUUAUUUUCAAUAAAAGGCACAAACAGC